AGGGGAUGCUUACCCUUCCCCUCCCCACUCGGUUACGCCAUCGUCUUUAGAACCGAGCAGUGUUAGAGAGCAAAAUCGGAAGAUGUCGGAAGAAACCGAGGGCAAUCUACCAUAUCCACCGAGGAGUUAAAACAAAAGCAUUGUUCCAAACGUUGAGUUAAGAUGGAGUUGCAAGGUCAAAUUUCACGACAGUCUAUUUGCCCGGGCCCGUUCGCGGGCUCGCUUCCGGCAUUUCCUAGAACUCGAACAAGAACCCUGCAAACGACAUGGAACAAUGAUUCAACGGCGCAAUUAAUACGGACAACCUUCAUUGGGAACGCCGCAAUAAUGAGUGCUUCUGAGCGAACACCGGCUGCAGGAACCUCUCACGAGAUUGAGUAUACUGUCAGACAGACUGCGAAGAUCCAUCGCGAAAAGGAGGAAGAUUCGAGGUCUUCAGUGUGGCUUUCUGUGGCAAAAUGCAUCGUUGGCAUCCUCCUGUUCGCUUCCGUGCUAACAUGUCUUGUCGCCAGCAAAAUUUCUUUGCUGUCUAUGGCUUCCUUUCAUUGGAAUAGCGCAAAUGCCACUGAAAUACAGAAGAAAGACCCAAAGCAAAAUCGAGAAACUCUUUUCAUUAUGACUGUACUAGUCUUAAUGAUCCCAGAGGGUUUCUCGUUCCUGAGAGCUUGUUGGACGAGUCUCUUCAGCAAAAAUCGUAAGUGGCCGUGCAAGAAAGCCAUCAUCGUGGGUUUAGUUUCUGGUCUUCUAGAAGUCUUUGGCCUGUGUUUCUUCACAGUUGUUAUCUUGGUGCAGACAGAUAUCCCACCUGAUUUACGCAUUAUCAUGAUGAAUGGAGUGUUUGUUUUUCCGGUACUUUGGCAAGUGUAUAAAAAGGGACCUUGUCGUCAAGAUCAGUAUUCUUGGAUACAAUUUCUGGCGUUUACCCUGGCGCUGAUCCUGGAGAUAGCAGGAGUUGGAGUCCUGAUGUAUCUGGUGGACAAGAAAUCAUCUGAAAUUGUGGUUUGGGCUAUUCCAUUAGCACUGCUAAGCAUUUCAUUUGCGUGGUGCCCCAAGAUAUUCAAGAUAGCCAUUGAACCACCCGAAGAUCAACCACCUCCAGGUCACAACCAGUCCAUCAAUGAGUCAGUUCAAGUUGAGUUAAGUGGUGUGUCUGUGACACUUCCACAAGGGCAAACAAUUCUUGGUGUGGCUACUAGUUCAAAAUCUGCACGUGGAAAGGCAGCCAUUAUCACCAGCUUGUGGAAACUCCUUCUGAUUCCUUUUGUAGCAGCUUUAUUUUGCCAUGUCUACAAAACAGCAGACUUGGGACAGCUUCUUUAUGGGUUUUCAGAAUUCAAUGUCAAACACAGUGCAUUUCCUUAUUUCAUGGUUCAAAUAUUCACCAGCUUUGUUGGAUACAUGUUAGGGAUACUGGCCUGCUCAAUGUGCAUGCAAUUUCUUGCAUUUGCAUUCCCAAUGACUCUAGCAACACCCGUAACAGUUGCCUUGGUACUGAUCAACGAUGGUGUUCAAGGUGAUGUUCUUCAUUUCUCUAAUGGGAACGAAAAGGAGGUUUUGCUUUAUGUCAUUGGUGCAUGUUUCUUGUUUGCACAGUUUCUCUCUGUUGGCUAUUAUUUGUUCAAGGGACAAGAUUUUAUUAUGGCCAAGGAGUCCAGCUUGUUUUGGAUGCCUACGUAUAAUGGUGUGCUUUUGGAACAACAUCUUUUGUUGAAUCGACGUAACAAAAUCACAGAUGACUAUCAGAUCAACCACAGAGAGCUGGUGAACAAUUCCUGUGUGUAUAUAUGUACAACAAUGUACCAUGAAAUUGAACAAGAAAUGGAACAACUGCUCCAGUCUCUUCAUGACAUUGACUGCGCAAGGGAAAAAUCAAAACGCCAAAUUGAGUCACACAUAUUCUUUGAUGGUGCAAUCAAAGGGGAUGUUUUGAAUAAUUAUGUUUUGCAGUUGAUCUCAUUGAUUCCAAAGACACUGAAAGUAAAGAUUGAACAUUGCAUGAAAAUCAAGACUCCUUAUGGGAUGCAGAUGCGCUGGAGACUGCCAGGAGGCAUGUUUUUUCAUAUCCAUUUGAAAGAUAAUUUGCGGGUAAAGAACAAGAAACGCUGGAGUCAAGUCAUGUAUAUGUCUUAUGUACUGGAUUUUAAAGAAAAGCAAAUGGAAGUGACAGAUGAGAACACCUACAUCUUAACAACAGAUGCUGACGUCAGAUUCACUCAUGAAUCAGUGGAAGCUUUGCUUGAUCUCAUGGCAAGAGAUCCCACUGUGGGUGCUGUUUGUGGAAGGACUCAUCCCCUAGGGGUUGGACCUGUUGUCUGGUACCAGGUCUUUGAUUACGCAAUUGGACACUGGUUCCAAAAGGUGGCCAAUCAUGUACUUGGUUCUGUUCUGUGUUCACCUGGCUGUUUCAGUGUCUACAGAGCUGCUGCACUUCGGGAUGUGCUCCCGAUAUAUUCUUCCAAAGUUGACACCUCAUUUGAUUUUCUCACCAAGGACAUGGGUGAAGACCGAUGGUUGUGUACUCUGAUGGUGCAGUCUGGGUGGCGUUUAGAAUACUGUGCGGCAGCUGAGGACAGCACUUACUGUCCGGACAAUUUUGACGAAUUUUUCAAACAAAGGCGGCGCUGGAUUCCUUCCACUUUAGCCAAUCUUGCUCUUCUGAUCAGUGAAUGGAAAUUAACAGUGAACAACAAUGACUACAUUUCAUUUGGGUUCAUUCUCUAUCAGGCACUGAUGGUUUUUUCAACAAUUAUCAGCCCCUCCACAGUGAUCCUAAUCAUAGCCAGUGGUUUGUCUUAUGUCAAAUUCAUUGAGAAUAUCAUUGUCCUGGUAGUUCUUCUCACACUUCUUACGGUUGGAUAUGCGUUAAUCUGCCUUUACACUUCGCAGGAAUUCCAGCUAAAAGCUGCAAAAUUGUUGACGGUCGUUUUUUCUUUACUGAUGGCCUUUGUCACGGUAGGCGUGAUUGCUCAGGCUGCUGAUGAUAUCUAUGAGCGUGGGCACCCACCAACUCCAACCCCAACUGCAGCUAUUCCAACAGCACGACACAACAUAACACCAACUUCAAACCCAACACUUAGUACAGCUCUAUUAUCGACCACCGCUGGUGCAGGUGAUGGGCUGCCUGCUGAUGUAAGCUCACUGUAUUUGGGAGGCCUGAUCGGGAUUUUCAUCUUGGCGGCCUGUUUGCACACUACAGAAGCUUUUUGUUUGAUUAAUGGCGUUUGGUAUCUACUUUGCCUUCCAUCUGGUUAUCUUUUGCUGAUUGUCUACUCUAUUUGUAACAUGACAGAUCGCUCGUGGGGUACGAGGGAGGAGAAAACCAAAAAAGUGGAUGAUGUUCCUUGGUAUGAGACACUUUGGACAAAAGUCAGGUAUAUUUGCACAUGUUGCAGACCUGAGCCAACGCCGCAGCCUCAUGACACUAGCAGGGUGGAAGGGCAUGUACCUGAUUCAGCGUCCGUGACCUCUGGGGAUGAGAAUUCCACCUCUGACAGUGGCUUGCAACCUUCUGAAGAUGAAGGCGCUGUUGUUUCUGUUCAGGAAGACGAUCCUGGUAAAGAGAGUGAUGCAGAUUCAUUUGGUAUCACUGACCAUACCACUAAACUCUUGGAUGAGGCACCGCCUAAGUCAGCACUGAAGCACACUCCAGUACGCCGGCAGCCGUCUCUAACUCGAGAAGGCCAAAAAGAGGUUAGCGGACGUUUUAUGAAAUUCCGUUACCCUGGGGACAAAAAGGUUACGUUUGCAACCAAACUUCCCCGGCUGCAUCCUGAAACUCCAGUGGAGGACUGGCUUCAAAGGGAUUUUCAGCAACUGUACUUGAACAACUUCAGAGACUCUGGCUAUGACAAUGUGAGCUUCAUCGCUGGCAUGACAGACAGGCACUUAAAAGCCAUUGGCAUUGAGAAACGUGGUCACCGAAAGAGGCUGCUGAUUGAAAUUGAGAAGCUCCCUCAAGUAGAAAUUCCACAGGAAGUGCCGGAAAAUGUCGAAGACUGGUUAACUGAACUGGGUCUUGAUGAAUACUGGGAGAACUUUACUCAGAGUGGCUACACAGAGCCAAGAAUGCUAGAAGAUCUAAAAAUAAUGAACAAGGAAACACUGAAAGAGACCUUCAGAAUCAUCAAACCGGGACACUUAGAUAAGAUGUACAAGGCCAUACAGAGAGUACAGUACCCAAGUGAAGCUCAGAGAAGAAUUCGUCGGGCACGCGAAGAAACAAGCAAAUUGGUGGUCAUGGAUUUAAAGGUGGAUAACCAAGACCUUGGACAUGAAUAUCAGUUUUGGGAAGGUCUGCGGCAAGCCUGUCUUGUACCGGAGUCAGCCGUGUUUGGGGCAGUUGAAGAAUUAAAAGAGAAGCUUGAAGAUCUCCGUAACGAGACUCUGAUGGUGUUUGCGAUGGCAAACGCUAUUUGGAUAAUCCUGAUAAUGGCUCUUCUCAGCCAGCAACACCUGCAGGUCAUGGGAACCAAUUUCCUGGGUUUUUCUUUUCUCGUCAUCUACGGCUUUCUCAUAGUUAUACAGUUUUUGACUUUGCUAUGGCACAGGGGUGUGACGUUUUGCCACGUGAUUGCACGUGCUCCUUGGAGGCGUGGCACGUUGCACAGGGUGUGGGCAUUUGAUGACCAAAAUCUGCCUCCUCCUCCCGAUGAGGGGACCUUGGAAGACGUCCGGAACCGUCGACGCCGGAGACAGCGCAGAAAAUCAAAACAACCAUUGCGCCGCGUAUUGAGCCAGUCUAGUGAGCCCAGCGAGGAACGAGAGAAUCUCCUGACGGAUGGAAAACCGCAGUCGAGUUAUGGCUCACGAUCAGUGUCAAAGUUGGUUUAGGGACCAUGUGUAGAUCAAGAUCUGUCUGCACUGUGCUUUAAAUAAGUAAGGUUAUCGGUAUGUUAGCGUGCAUUAGUGCAGUUUAGUUUGAUUAAGAGCAAAGUUAUCACAAAACCAAACAUGGUGGCUGCUAAUGCUGAGUGCAAUACAAAUUAUACUACAGUCGAACCAUCCGUAAGCGACCAUCCAAAAUUUCAAGCCUAGGUGGUCGCUCACGAGUGCAUAGACCAUAUUGGGUGAAAAUUUUGCCUCAUUAGCAUAUGUUAACUGCAGUUAACAUAUACUGUGCAGUUAUCUUUAACCCAUGUUUUAAAAGUUGUCUUCAUAUGAAAAGUCAAUUUGGAGAAAAAUCUGGUACUUCCCAUUGAAAAAAUUUCCGCUUCUUGUACUACUCAGGAAUGCGAUAAUGUUACAACACCUUAUUAUCCAAUUUCCGCUCUAUUAUCUGUCAAGAGGUCGCUCACGGGAGGUUAAAAACAAAAGAAUUUUUCGAACUUUCAGCUGUAAAAGUGAUCACGGUCGCUUACGAGAGGUGGUCGCUUAUAAGAGGUUCCAAAUAUAGUGAUUUGACUUGGAAAAUUUUAUUAUUUUGGGAGACUGGUCGCUGAGGAGACGUUGCUUACGAGAGGUGGUCGCAACCGGAGGUUCGACUGUAUUCAGGAAUUUUAGCAUGAUCUCGUAGUGUGGGGUGUAGCUGUAAGUGCCUAAAAGUCCAUGUAAAUUUGGCUUAAUACACGAUUGACCAAGGACAAUUAUAAGCAUUCUGUGUUUUGAUUGGCUUAAAGCAUGAAAAAUUACUGUGAAGUAGCAUUGUGGUUGACUUUGUAACUUUGCCACCUUCUCAGUGGCAGCCCUAACAUUCUCUGAGAUGAGAACAACAGCUCAGUGUCGGCUGAAAAGUAAAUUCAAAAGGUUCCAUUUUGUUACUGUUUUCAGUGCCAUGUUAUACUUUUUAGACAGUGCUUUUAUUUUUAUUUCAAAUCUCAUUUUUAUAAGAACGUUGAAUACACUGGCAUUGCGUUUCCUAAAGUAAGGAUUCACCUCGGAAACAUCAGCAACUGCCCAUAACAGUGAUGGUCAAAUUCAGUAUCUAAUAUACACGAUAAUGGAUGGUUCUUUUUCUCUGGGAAAAAAAAGAAAAGAGAUCUUCCGGAAAUACAGUUUGACAGCAGUCUUGUGUGACAAAAUGUUGAUUUCACGACUUGUGAAUGAAGUUUCAUAUGUGUCUGCGUUGUCGUGUCGAGGUUUCUCAAAUUAUUUUUCAAAAAGGUGGAUUUUCUUUUGUUCCUCAGUAGACAGUAGUAUAAGUCGUUCUUUGGUUCACCGACAACGAUCAUCAACAACUAAUUUCUCUAGUUAGUCUUCAAUUUGUUAAUAUUGGCUCUCGGUGCAAACAGUGUAUUGGUUGGCGGGAAAAUCCGUAGGCCUCCACUUUGGGCAGGUAACCCCUAGACUGCAUAACUUUCCCUGGCCUAUAUAACCCUACACUCCAGCCAUGAGCCCAGGGGAGGAAGGGACAGGCGCGCGCUGGGGGGCAGGGGCGGAGGGGCACUGUCCAAACAACGUUGGCCAUGAAUCCCCGGGCCCACGGUUCAGUCCCAAAACACUGCGUAUGUGCCUCACAACAGAGUAAUCAACAGAGUACAAAACUUAGUGGAGCAUUUAAAUGCAUUCCAGAAGAAUUGUACAAUCAAAUAAAUUCGCAAUGAAGUCAUUUACAGGGUUAUCGCUAAUUUAUCUUUUAAGUGUUAAAGUAGUUAGGAUAUGUACUUGAGGAAAAUGAGAUAUUUUACUAUUAAAAUUCUGCAAACUAAUUAGCAAAUAUCAAUUAUAAAGGUGCUAUACAUAGCAAGUUUUUUUUUUCUUUUUCAUUUAAGUAGCUCCAACUUGUUCGGUACAUUAAUUACGAUAGAGUAAUCAUUUCCAACUGCUCCACCACUACCACCUAGCUGAAUAAAACGCCAUUAUCAUGUA